AGAAAUACCAACAAAAUUAUCUAACAAAAAGUGCUAAUACUGACCAAACUACUAGUCAAACCUAAGAGUCUUAAUUUCUCCUCUGUUCUUCCUUAUUACCUUUUUAAUAUUAUCAUUUUAAUAAUUGUAUCUAACAAAGUUUUUUCGUUUCUUCAAUUUUCUAAAAUAUUUGGACUUGAUCAACAUGGCAACUAAGAACGUUCAAGCCAAGCUGGUAGGUGCUUCUUGGGGAUAUGGGAACAGGGAAAACAAGCUUAGUUUUGAGAUUUGUAAAGGGCCAAUUCUUCGAUUGUCAGGAAUCAACAAUUGGAGCAGCAUUUUUCACUGAGGUGUUGUCCUUAGAUGAGGCAAUUGUAAAACUUGAUAUAUGGGAUACUGCAGGACAAGAACGAUACCAAAGCUUAGCUCCUAUGUACUACCGCGGUGCAGCUGCAGCUGUCGUGCUCUAUGACAUUACUAGCAUGGAAUCAUUUGAGAAAGCGAAAAGAUGGAUUGAGGAAUUGCAGAGACAAGCAAGUCCUCGCAUGUUCACUGCAUUGGUUGGCAAUAAGGCAGACCUUGAUGAGAAGAGGGAGGUAGACAACGAGGUAGCUGAGGAAUAUGCAAAACAAAAUGGGUUGCAUUUCUUUGAAACUUCUGCUAAAACUGCACAGAAUGUCAAUGAGCUCUUUUAUGAAAUAGCAACGACAUUGGCAAGAACUUGUCCCUCACGUUCAAGUGGAAUGAAAAUUCAAAUCAGACAAAGUCGACGAGGAAUGUAUUGUUGCUUCAGUUAAUACAAUGCUGAUGAAGUACCUGAUGUUCACUGUUAUUAUCAAAAGACAGAAGCUGAAACAGGGAAGUCAAUGCAGAAACCUGGUGUGAAGAACAGAGCACUACCUUAACAGAUAUUUGUAUUAUGUGCAUUGUGUGUUCUAAAGUCUUGUUCUCUUGCAAGCUACACUUGUCUAUAAACUUUUCCUAAGCUAUUCUAUGAAAGCAACUUCAAUCCUAGAGUAACCAAAAA